UGAAGGCAUGAUAUAUCCAAGUCCGUGGCGCCCAGAGAGAGCUCGCCCUCUCCUUCUUCCCCCCUUCUUCCCUUUUGAUCCCAGAUCUCGUCCUCAAUAAACCCCGUUUCCUUCUUUUGAUCCCGAUCCUCGGGAAACCCUGAUCGCUGAUAGCUGGAAUUAGGUUUCCGAUCCAUUUCCCCCUCUGUUUUCAUUUUGAUCGGUGGUGAUGGCUUACGGAGAUCGGCUCACCACGUUCGAGGACUCUGAGAAGGAGAGUGAGUAUGGAUAUGUCCGCAAGGUCUCUGGGCCAGUCGUUGUGGCAGAUGGAAUGGGUGGAGCUGCCAUGUAUGAGCUUGUCCGAGUGGGCCAUGACAAUCUUAUCGGGGAGAUUAUCAGAUUGGAGGGAGAUUCUGCUACUAUUCAAGUUUAUGAAGAAACUGCUGGACUGAUGGUAAAUGAUCCGGUUUUGCGAACUCGAAAGCCUCUCUCAGUUGAGCUUGGACCUGGAAUAUUGGGGAACAUUUUUGAUGGAAUUCAGCGGCCACUAAAAACUAUUGCUAUAAAGUCUGGUGAUGUGUAUAUUCCCCGUGGUGUUUCUGUUCCUGCCCUUGACAAAGAUAUAUUGUGGGAUUUUGAGCCUAAGAAGUUAGGCGAGGGGGAUCUCCUUACUGGUGGGGAUUUAUAUGCUACUGUCUUUGAGAAUACUUUGAUGCAACACCAUGUUGCCCUUCCCCCUGGAUCCAUGGGUAAAGUUACCUACAUUGCACCAGCUGGCCAGUACAGCUUGAAGGAUACAGUACUUGAGCUGGAGUUUCAGGGUGUAAAGAAGGAAUUCACUAUGCUUCAGACAUGGCCUGUGCGUACACCAAGACCUGUUGCAUCAAAACUUGCUGCUGAUACUCCUCUGUUAACAGGCCAACGUGUUUUAGAUGCCCUUUUCCCCUCUGUUCUUGGAGGAACUUGUGCUAUACCUGGUGCUUUUGGAUGUGGAAAAACUGUCAUUAGUCAAGCUCUUUCCAAGUACUCCAACUCAGACACUGUGGUUUAUGUGGGUUGUGGAGAAAGAGGAAAUGAAAUGGCUGAGGUGCUUAUGGAUUUUCCUCAACUAACAAUGACGCUACCUGAUGGCCGUGAAGAGUCUGUCAUGAAACGUACUACACUAGUGGCUAACACUUCUAACAUGCCUGUUGCUGCUCGUGAGGCUUCUAUUUAUACAGGCAUCACAAUUGCUGAGUAUUUCAGAGAUAUGGGUUACAAUGUUAGCAUGAUGGCAGACUCUACCUCUCGAUGGGCAGAAGCUUUACGUGAAAUAUCUGGCAGACUGGCUGAAAUGCCAGCAGAUAGUGGUUAUCCUGCAUAUCUUGCAGCACGUUUGGCAUCCUUCUAUGAACGUGCUGGUAAAGUGAAAUGUCUUGGUGGCCCAGAUCGUACUGGCAGUGUGACCAUUGUUGGUGCUGUUUCUCCUCCUGGAGGUGAUUUCUCUGACCCAGUUACAUCUGCUACCCUAGGUAUUGUUCAGGUAUUUUGGGGGCUAGAUAAGAAGCUUGCUCAGAGGAAGCAUUUUCCAUCAGUGAAUUGGCUUAUUUCAUAUUCCAAGUAUUCAAAGGCUUUAGAAUCUUUCUAUGAGAAAUUUGAUCCAGAUUUUAUUGAUAUAAGAACAAAAGCUCGUGAGGUGCUGCAGAGAGAGGAUGAUCUGAAUGAAAUUGUACAGCUUGUUGGUAAGGAUGCCCUAGCAGAAACUGACAAGAUCACUUUAGAAACAGCAAAACUUCUAAGAGAGGACUAUCUUGCUCAGAAUGCAUUUACUCCGUAUGACAAAUUCUGCCCCUUCUACAAGUCAGUGUGGAUGAUGCGGAACAUUAUUCAUUUCAAUACUUUGGCGAAUCAGGCAGUGGAACGAGGUGCAGGUUCAGAUGGGCAGAAGAUAACAUACAGUGUUAUCAAGCAUCGGUUGGGUGAUCUCUUCUACCGUUUAGUGUCCCAAAAAUUUGAAGAUCCUGCAGAAGGGGAGGAAGCCCUUGUGGCAAAAUUCAAGAAACUGAAUGAAGACCUUACGGUUGGAUUCCGCAUUCUUGAAGAUGAGGCACGUUGAUUCACCGUCACUGGGACUGGGUUAUAUAUAUAUAUAUAUAUAUAUAUAUAUAUAUAUAAAGUAGCUGUGUGUAACCAAUGUAUUAAUAUUUGUGGGAGGCUGUGUUAGACUUUGGAUAAUUUAUGAAGAGCCAAGUCUUUUGUGAUCUUUGUAGCUUUUCCCCCGGUUCCUACUCCUCGCGUGCGUUUUGGUCUCAAUUUUUUCUGGUUUUGCAAAUAAAGUGGAGCCUGAUUAUUUCUUGUGUAGAAAGUACAACAGUAUAAUAUUUAGGACUUUUAAUUGCAUUGCUGGUCGUUGCUUGUAUUUUAACUUUCACUUAUUUUAUCAUAUUAAUUUUGGCUUUUGUAAGAAA